GUAACGCUAAACCCAACUAAUAAAAAAAAGUUGAAGCAAACAAUUGAAAAGGGGGAGUUGAAGGAGGAGGUAGAGGAAGAGUAAUUAUAGGCACAUGAGAAAAAGCAAAACAAAAAAUAACCAGAAGAAGAAUCCCUCUGUAGAACUGUUCUUUCUUUUUCUCUCCUCACUGUGCUGUUUUCCUCUCUCUCACAGAGUCACAGUCUGAGAACAAAGGGGGAAAAGGUUUUUAGGUUGCACAUCCAGCAAGGAACCAUAAAAAAAAAAAGAAGGGAAAGAAAGUAAAACCCCAAUUCAGAAAUCAGGCCAAAGACCUUUUCUUCUUCAUUUCUUAUUGUUGGUUGAGGGGGCCUUGCUGCAUUUCUCCUUCUUCUCUUCCCCUUCUCUCUACUCACAUCCCAUGAGCCAUGAAGCAGAAUGAUUAAGUGAAACCAGACAACAAAGUUUGUUUCUUUUUUUACCCUCAUUGCCCAUCAUUCCUCCUCCACCCAACUUCCCCUUAUCUUUCCCCCCUUCCUUUGUUUCUUGCCCUUUUUUUUGUUUGGCUGGUGGGCAAUGCGGUGGAAUGACUGGAACAGUAUUUGUCUUAGAUGAAAAUGAGGGGAAGGAAAAGAAAGGGAAGUGAGUGAGUGAGAAGAAAAACCCCCCACCCAGAGCUGGUUCCUUCUUUCCCCAAGUAGAGAGAUUUCUUCGUUUCCCCAUUCUGCAUUUUAGGGCAAAAGAUGAGGAAGAAUGGUUGGCAACUUCCAUAUCACCCACUUCAGGUGGUGGCUGUUGCUGUGUUUCUGGCUCUGGGUUUUGCGUUCUAUGUGUUCUUCGCUCCUUUUGUUGGGAGGAAGAUGUUUCAAUACAUUGCAAUGGGAAUCUACACCCCCCUGAUCAUGUGUGUCUUCGGCCUAUAUAUUUGGUGCGCAGCAUCUGAUCCUGCAGAUCCUGGAGUUUUUAGAUCCAAAAAAUAUCUUAAAAUUCCAGAGAAUGAGAAACAUCCUCAGCAUAAAGCCUUCAAACAAGGUACGGAAUCAGCUUCAUCAAUGCACGAUGGGAGUUCAUCUGCCAUUGGAGGGAAGUCAGUUGAGAAGGGUGUGGUGGAGGGUGCAAAUGCAGCUGCAGCUGCAACGGACUCAAAGAACAAGACUGAGGCAAAGUCCUCUUGUUUGUUGUUAGCUCUUGCUCCUUGUACUUUCGUCUGUGGAAGCUGCAGCCCAAGUGAUGAACACUCUGAGCAGUUGAGUGAAGAUGGCAUGUUCUACUGCAGUUUGUGUGAAGUUGAGGUUUUCAAGUACAGCAAGCAUUGUAGAGUUUGCGAUAAAUGUGUUGACCAGUUUGAUCAUCACUGCAGGUGGAUUAACAAUUGUAUUGGCAAGAAGAACUACAGGAAGUUCUUCACGCUCAUGGUCUCUGCUCUCCUCUUGCUUAUAUUCCAAUGGGCAACUGGGAUUCUUGUACUUAUUUGCUGUUUCGUCGAGAGGAAGCGAUUUGUCUUGGAUAUCUCCUCCAAGUUAGGAAGCAGUUUCUCUAUGGUGCCUUUUGUAAUUGUAGUGGCAUUGUGCACCAUUUUGGCCAUGCUUGCAACUCUGCCCCUGGCCCAACUGUUCUUCUUCCAUAUCUUGCUCAUAAAAAAGGGAAUCAGCACUUAUGAUUACAUAAUAGCUCUAAGAGAGCAGGACCAAGAGCAGCAAGGAGUUGGAGGUCAGCAGAGUCCUCAAAUGUCGCAAGUCAGCUCGCUUACUGGACUUAGUAGUGCCAGUUCCUUCUCGACAUUCCACCGUGGUGCCUGGUGUACGCCACCUCGUCUGUUUCUUGAAGACCAGUUUGAUGUUGUUCCACCGGACACUGGAUCGGUGAGUUCCUAUGGUAAAAAGACAAUCAGACAAGACCAGAUGAAGAAAAAGAACCCAGCUGCUGUAAAGAUCAGUCCUUGGGCAUUGGCUAGACUGAAUGCUGAUGAGGUCUCGAAAGCUGCUGCUGAGGCCAGAAAGAAGUCCAAAAUCCUUCAACCUGUGAUGAGACAGGAACCAUCGUUCUCACUAGAGAGAGAUAACAGCUUUGGUAGCAGUGGGCGCCGCAUGGUCCCAAGACCUGACAACAAUAGAAGACGAGUUAGCAAAAGGGUCAGACUUCCAGCUGAUUUGCCAAUGGAGCAGCCUGUAACUGCUGCUGGGGUCUCAGCAGGGAAAGUUUUCACAGAAACUUCUUCCUCAAGUUUGGCCCCACUUCAGCUUGAGGCUAGGAGCGCUUUCCAGCCAAGUAGAGGUUCAACAAUGGUGAGCUCAGUCGGAGGAGUUGUUGUUGCAUCAUCUCCUGAAAGCAGUAGCCUAGACUCGCCAGAUGUUCACCCAUUUCGAGUUUCUUCAUCGGGUGCUGAAGAUUCAAGGAGGCUCACUGGUCUCCCUCCAAUUGUGGGUGGUUCUAACAGCGGAUUCCCACUCUCGAGAUCUACAAGUGAUGGGUAUGAAGCUUCUGGCGGUGAAGAUAGUGAUAGGGUUCCUACCAGGAUUGUGCAGAGAUCGACUAACUGGAGCAAUCUUCUCUUCCGAGCGAAUCAGGAUGAAGGGAUCAUGAGACUGAAAGCAGCAGCACCAUCGUCGAGCCAAACUUAUAGUGGAAAGCUUUAAGCUAACGUUUUUGUUUGCCGGUCUUCUGCUUCGUUUUGGUUUUCUCCCCCAAGUGGUAAAACAAUUCUUUCAUUCUUGGGCCAAAGGGAUAUCUGGGUAGUUGGCCAAUUCACUUAGCUUAUUAAUAUCUGUUAGUUUUGGCUUCUGAAUUCUGAAUACAGAAGGCGGGUGGUGGUUCAAGGUGGAAGAAACAAAUGCCAAUUGAGCUCAUUCUGUAAAAAAAACCUUUUGCUCUCCCUGAGAUCUGCUGCAUUUUGCAACAACAGCUUUCCCUAACUGGGAACUGGAGAGAUUUGGCGUAGUGUUCAUAACGUUCAACUGUGUCUCAUGAAUGGCUUCCUCAGCAAAAGAAAAUAUGACCCAGAACUUCAUUGAUAGUAUCCAAAUGAAAUUGAUAUGGAUUUCCUCAAGUUAUCUUACAUCUAUUAUACACUAGAUCAAGCCAAACCAAACCCAGAAAGAAACCAGCAUAUUAGAAACAAACUCUCCAUUAAUGGUUCCAUCAGCACAACUGAAGUCUCUAACGUACUGUUAUUCACAAGCUCCAUGGUCCUGAGUUACAAAACACCGAGUCUGUGAUACUAGAACGAAUGACAGAGGCACAGAAACAAAAUGGGAAAUGCUUCAAACUUGUUAUUUGCUUGUCAAGUGCAGACAACAGAAACAAGAUGAGGCACCUUCUCAUCAUCGAAAGGCAAGCAUACGUACUCCCUCGCGAAUUCCUGCGCAAUCUCUGAAGCAAGCUCCCCGCGAACAGCCUUGCAGUACAUAUACAGAACCGUCUGUGCAGCGAAGAAGUAGAGCAGAAUCAGAGUCAAAAGAGCCGAAGUCACCACAAUCUGAGCCACAAAGAACCAGCUAUCCCAUCCUUGAUUCCCGCCAAUGGCGUCGCCGCCGCCCCAUUUCGCCGCUGCAAUCGAGCUGGUCCAAGUCAAAAUCCCGGAGGCAAGUCCAAACAAGAGAAAGAAAUAGAGAACCGCUCGCCGCAUCCCUUUCACCAAAUACCCGCUGCGCCUCAAUGCCCAAACUCCCCAGCUAGAUUCUGCCACGACGAUGACGGAAGAGAGGGACCAAUUGAGUUUGAAAUAGAGGAUCACCGCGAGCAGGACGACGGAGUAGACGACGGCAAGAGCGAGGAAGUAGGGCGAAUCGGGGUCGAUUUCGAGGCACACCAAUUCCAGACCCUUGAUUACGAAGUAGAACGAGCAGAGGAAGAGGAGCGCCACCAGGGAGAGCAGGAGCUUGACGACGAUGUGGGUGAUGGAGAGUCGGAAGAAGGAAUUGAACCCGGAUUUGAUGGCGGAGACGAGCUUGACGGGUCGGCCGUAGAAUCCGUGGACGACGCUGUAACUUAUGGAUCCGAUUGCGAGGAUUGUGAAGACGAAGAAGAAGAGGGCGAAGCCGGCGACGAGGGCUAGGGUUUCGAUUGGGAGUUGGAAAUCAUCGUCGUGGUGGUGGUGGUGGGGGAAAGGGAACUGAUCGGAGGAUUGGGAGUCCAACUGGGCUAGGCUGGGGAGGAGCGGCGACGGGCGGGAGAGAAGGGAUUCUGGGCGGUGGCCGGAGGGAUGGCGGUGGAGGAGGAGGUUGUGGACGGUGGAGAAGACGGUGACGGAGAAGGAGAGUGGGAGGAGGAAUAGGACGGAGAGGGCGAGGAAGUGGCGGGAGUGGGCGUUGAUUAUGCGCUUCGAUUCGGAUAGGACGGCGGAGAAGUCCAGCGGCGGCGGCGGUUGGGCUGACAUCGCUGUGGAGUGGGGAUUCAAAGUAAGGAUGGAUGGAGAGAAUAGAGAAAUCCGAUCGAUUUGGAUAAUUUCCAAGCGGAGAACUAUAAAAUGCGAGGAGUGUGAACGAGUUGCCGGUAUGGGUUUCUUUUUGGUCUUUAUCGGCGGUCGCUGAUCCGACGGACGGCGGUGGUUGGGCAAAAGUUGGCGACAGGGACCGCGUACGGCUCCGAUGCUUCCAUACCAUCUGCCUAAAGUAAUGUAAAUACUAAUUAAUAAUCCCUUUUCAGGUCGCAAAUGGUUCGUUAAUCACGUUUCAUUAUCUCCUUCUAGAACUGUGACAAAAAACGAGUCAUUCUUCUUUGUUUUACACUUC